AUGGCGGAGGUGGUGGCGGAUACGGAGGUGGUGGUGGUGGAUACGGUGGUCAGUACGGCGGUGGCGGCUACGGCUAUGACAAUUACGGGGGUGGGGGCGGUGGCGGUGACCGUAUGUCCGCCCUCGGUGCUGGUCUCGGUAACAUCGACUGGAACAGGCAGACCCUCUCCAAGUUCGAGAAGAACUUCUACAUCGAGGACGCCCGUGUCUCUGCCCGAUCCGACCGAGAGAUCGAGGCUUUCCGUGCCGAAAAGGAGAUGCUCGUUCAGGGUCAAAGCAUCCCUCGACCCAUUACCACUUUCGACGAGGCCGGAUUCCCCGACUACAUCUUGUCCGAGAUCAAGGCUUCCGGUUUCACCGCUCCCUCGGCCAUUCAAUGUCAGGCUUGGCCCAUGGCCUUGUCCGGUCGUGAUCUCGUCGCCAUCGCCGAGACCGGUUCGGGAAAGACCAUCUCGUUCGCCCUGCCCGCCAUGGUGCACAUCAACGCCCAGCCCUUGCUCGCCCCCGGUGACGGUCCCAUCGUCCUCAUCCUCGCCCCCACCCGAGAGUUGGCCGUCCAGAUCCAGGCCGAGUGCACCAAGUUCGGAAAGUCUUCCCGGAUCAGGAACACGGCCGUUUACGGAGGUGUUCCCAAGGGUCAACAGAUCAGGGACUUGCAGAGGGGUGCCGAGAUUGUCGUCGCCACUCCCGGUCGUCUGAUCGACAUGUUGGAGAGCGGCAAGACCAACCUCAAGCGUGUCACCUACUUGGUCAUGGAUGAGGCCGACCGAAUGCUCGACAUGGGUUUCGAGCCCCAGAUCAGGAAGAUUGUCAGCCAGAUCCGACCUGACCGACAGACCGUCCUCUUCUCGGCCACCUGGCCCAAGGAGGUCCAGCGUCUCGCCGCCGACUUCCAACAAGACUUGAUCCAGGUCAACAUCGGUUCGAUGGAACUGAAGACCAACCACAACGUCACCCAAGAAGUCACCGUCUGCACCGACUUUGAAAAGCGAGGCAAGCUCAUCAAGCACCUCGACCAGAUCUCGCAAGAGAACGCCAAGGUCUUGAUCUUUGUCGGUACCAAGCGGGUCGCCGAUGACCUGACCAAGUUUUUGAGGCAAGACGGAUGGCCGGCGUUGGCCAUCCACGGAGACAAGCAGCAGCAAGAGCGAGAUUGGGUCUUGGCCGAGUUCAAGUCGGGUCGCUCGCCCAUCAUGUUGGCUACCGAUGUCGCUUCCCGUGGUCUAGAUGUCAAGGACAUCAAAUACGUCAUCAACUACGACUUCCCCAACAACGUCGAGGACUACGUCCACCGAAUCGGUCGUACCGGUCGUGCUGGUGCCAAGGGUGUCUCGUACACUUACUUCACCACCGACAACGCCAAGCAGGCCCGUGAUCUGAUCGGCCUCUUGCGUGAAGCCGGUUCUGUGAUCCCUCCUGAGAUCGAGCAGAUGGCUAUGUACGGCGGACGAGGCGGUGGCGGCGGUGGCCGAGGCGGACGAGGUGGUGGUGGAUACCGUGGAGGUGGCGGUGGCGGAUACGGUGGAUCCGGUUCUAACUCUUACGGUGGUGGUGGCGGUGGUGGCUACGGUGGUGGAUAUGGCGGCGGUGGUGGCAGCAGGUGGUAAACCCUGCGUCGCGCCUCUUUCUCGAUCCGCCCGGUUAGUCCCCCAUUUUCGUUCUUUUUCAUUGCACACCAUAUCCUCUUCGUUUGGGUUGUUCCGGUACUACAUCGAGCGUCGGCCAAAUAUAGUCGGUCGCCUCUUCACGAUAUAGAGUAGUUGUAACAGUAUAGCCGUUCCUCGUAAUAUAUCUUACGAAGCUACAUGUCACAUCGCAUGGCAUUACCAAAA